CAACACAGAAGCAGCAGCAGCAGCAGCAGCAGCAGAGAGAGACGACACAGGACACGAAGCAGCAGGAGCAGGCACUGAGCAAGGGCCAAGGAGGAUAGCAAGAGGAUACAUACAUCUACAAAGGACACGCAGCAGCACCCACUUGCUGACAGUCGGCUGGCUCCGACACCAUGAAGGGCUUCAAGAACCGCGUCCUCUCGCGCACAAAGAGCAGCGGCAGCGAUACAUCAAGCAAGAGCAAGAAGAAGGACAAGGACGAUAAAUCAAGCAAGUCGCAGGAGAAGCCCAAGAUUGAACGGACAGGCAGCGGGAAUAGCCUUGACGGCGGCCUUGCUGUACAAUCACCACAAGCAUCAGGCGGCAGUCCUAUUGCUACACAACAACAAGUCACAGGCGCAUCACAGACAGGACAUGCACCGCUCACACCCACCGGUGCACAAAAACCGCGGCCGAUUGCGCCGCAGCUGGUCGUGAGCCCGAGUGCUUCCCAGUCGCCUGCCUUCCCCGGCAGCACAGAGACCAUGCCUGCUGACCUGAUUACACCGCGGCAUGCAUCUAAGUCGCCUUCCUUUGAUCGCCUGCAAGCAACGGCCAAGGCAGAUUUAGCGGAGGGAAUUCGCUCUCCUCGUCGGCAGCACUCCUCGCGCUUCCACAUCUCAGACAACCGGGAACUCGAAAAGCUCCCGGCGUUUCACGAUGUACCCACCUCGAACCGGCAAGACUUGUUUAUGCAAAAGCUCGAGCAGUGCAAUGUCAUUUUUGACUUUAAUGAUGCGUCGCAGGAUAUGAAGAGCAAAGAGGUCAAGCGCGAGGCAUUGCAUGAGUUGUUGGAUUAUGUUGCCAACAACCGCAAUGUCAUUACUGAACCGCUUUAUCCAAAAGUCAUCAAAAUGUUCUCAAAGAACUUGUUUCGGCAAAUUCCACCGCCCAUCAAUAGCUACGGCGAGGCCUUCGAUCCGGAAGAAGACGAGCCCGUGUUUGAAGUCGCAUGGCCGCAUCUCCAGGUCGUGUACGAAUUCUUCCUGCGCUUUAUCGAAUCGCCAGACUUCAACACGAAUAUCGCGAAAGGCUACAUUGACCAUCAAUUUGUGCUCAACCUGCUAGAACUCUUUGACAGCGAAGACCCACGGGAACGCGACUUUCUCAAAACGACGCUGCACAGGAUAUACGGUAAAUUUCUCAACCUCCGCUCCUUCAUCCGGCGAUCCAUCAACAAUGUGUUCUUCCAAUUCAUUUAUGAGACUGAACGGUUCAAUGGCAUUGCAGAGUUGUUGGAGAUUCUUGGUAGCAUCAUUAAUGGCUUUGCGCUGCCACUUAAAGAGGAGCACAAGAUGUUUUUGACACGCGUAUUGAUUCCCCUGCACAAGGUCCGCUCGCUCCAGACCUACCACCCACAACUCGCAUACUGCAUUGUGCAGUUCUUGGAGAAAGAUCCUUCCUUGACGGAAGAAGUGGUGGUCGGUCUCCUCCGGUACUGGCCUAAAGUCAACUCACCCAAGGAAGUCAUGUACUUGAAUGAGAUUGAGGACAUCUUUGAAGUGAUGGAACCCUCGGAAUUCGUCAAGAUUCAGGUGCCCUUGUUUCAGCAACUCGCCAAGAGCAUCUCGAGCCAACACUUCCAAGUCGCUGAACGGGCGCUGUACUUUUGGAAUAAUGAGUACUUUUGCACCCUUGUCAGCGAGAAUGUCAAUGUCGUUCUUCCCAUCAUGUUUGCUGCAUUGCAUGAGAAUGCCAAAACGCACUGGAAUAGAACCAUCCAUGGCAUGGUCUACAAUGCCAUGCGGAUGUUUAUGGAAAUCAACCCGAUGCUCUUUGAUGCCUGUCUCGCGGAGUACAAAGUCACACAAUCUGAGCAAGAACAACGGAGUGCUGAACGCGAUAGUAUGUGGAAGCGUCUUGAGGAAAUGCGCCUCGGUGACCCACAAGCGUUUUCAACUGACGAAGGAACCACGGCAGACGUACAGCCACUAGCUCCUGCCGUUGAAAGGAUGACGGGUAUGCCAGAGGAGCCGGUGCUAGAAGCGGCCGAGGACACGAUGCAUCCUUAGAGCAAUUAUUAAAUAGUCAACCAGUACAGUAAACAACCAGGAGGUCAUGCUUAUCCUAUGAUAGCAAAUCGACGUUAUUCGGGAGUUCGUCA